AUGGCGCAGGACAUGCAAGCCUUCGAGAAAGAGACUCGCAUGUUCUGCGAUACCAUUCCCGCGAUGUCACAAAUCCUGGAGAAGGCGGCACCCGGUAAAUACACGCAGCUGUCUGCCAAGUGUUUCGCCUCUGGGAGGCAGCCGGUCAGCUAUCUGGUUCUCGAGGACUUGAAGGCCAGUGGGUUCGCGCUGGCGAAGAGGUGCAGCGGACUCGAUUUGGCGCACUCCAAACUCGUGGUUAGGAAACUGGCAGAGUUCCACGCGGCCUCCGUCAAGCUGUUCGAGCAGGACCCAUCGGCUCUGGACAACUACCUGGUCUUCAAGUCGUUCCACGGACCUACGGCGCAGCAUGUGGAGACCUUCUUGAAACAGGGCUGCAGGUUACUCGCGGAUCAGUUGGACACGUUAGACAGAUCGUACUCAAAGUAUGCGCCGAGGAUACGAACUCUCGCAGAAAGCAUAUUUCCACGGCUAGCUGACUUGACGGAACGGAAGGGAAAGUUUCGUGUGCUAACUCACGCAGAUACCUGGGUCAACAACAUCAUGUUCAAAUACGCUGCAGAAGUCGUCCAAGACGUGGUCCUACUCGAUUUCCAGUUGUCUUCGUACGGUUCACCUUCGAUUGACUUGCAAUAUUUUACUCACACAAGCCUUACGGAAGAAGUGUACGCCAAUCAUUUAACAGAUCUUCUGAAAGAGUACCACAGCCAUUUAAUCGAGGUGAUGGACGAUAUUGGUAUCAGUACGAACAAGCAGAUAUCCUUUGAGGAGCUACUGGAGGAUUUCGACGCGCAAGCACUGUACGCCGUUUUUUCGGCAGUAGCAGUGCUGCCAAUCGUGCGCACUCAAGACGAAACUAGAUUCGAUGUGGAAGCGUCUCUGAACGAAAGUGACAGUGCUGCCAACAGAAACACCUUCGCGAGCGCUCAGUAUACGCAGGCUAUAAAACAAAUGCUGCCAGAAUUUGAAAAGAGAGGCCUACUGUAG